AUGGGUUGCUGUGCAUCGAGACCUACGCACGACGACGAUGAUGUGCCCCCGGGCGGACGUUCAAGUGUGCCCCCGCAGACCCGGCACACAGCGCAGGCAAUAACAUCUCAAACUGCAAUUAAUGGGGCAGCAGACGACGGCCGCUCCCACGGCCUCUCUGUCCACCAAAGUGACACCUCGAGAUCAGCGCUCUCGACUCCCCACCGGUCUGUGCAGAAUUCACAAACCCAGCAAGGGCGACAGCCAUCUCUAGCAGACCCGUACGACCUACCACUCGAGCCCCCGAAACCAUGGAAGAGCAAGAAGCGAACAUGGACGCGCUCGCAGCUGCUGAGAGAAAGAUACGAGUUCUUCGAGACCCGCGUCACGGGCCACAAAGAGGUGUGGAACGGCUUGAAACAGGCGAUCGAGUGCCUGCGCGAAGGCGACCUGGCCGACGCGCAGGGCAUUCUGACUGCUAUGUCCGUGACGCUUCCAACAGGGAAACUGGAGGAUGGCGCGUACGACGAGCACGGCAAUCUCUACAAGAUCCCCGAGGCCGUCAUCUCCGACCCUGACGACGUGGUGGAAGACAUGAACGACAUAGAUUCCCAGACCGUGACAGGCGCGAGUGAUCUGGACGCCAUCGCCGCCAAGUUGGAGGCAACCAAUACUGGGGGCGGCGAUCCGCUCAACCACGGCAAGCAGAACUCCGCCGCAGAGGCAAAGGCCAAGGCCCUCAAAGGCAAGACUGCCGUGCGCGACGCCGUCAAAGUGCGAUGCCGCCUCAGCGACCGCGGAAGCCCAGAGUGUGAUGUCACGGUUGUGCUAGGUCGGAGCGAGAGGGUGGCUCUGUUGUCUGACAGAAUUGGUGUCGAGAGAGAUAUCCCCAGCAGAGCGAAACUCCGAUUUGCAUAUCUAGGCAAGAUGUUGGACGCCACCAAGACCCUUGAGGAACAAGGCUUCAGAGAAUGCGACGUCAUUCAGGUCUUGGUGGUAGGCAACUGGAAAUGA